UGAUAAGAAAAGUGUUUGAAACGCAUUUUGUUCGAUUCGUUUUUUGUUUCUAAUUAAACUUUCAUCCAUAAAAUCAUAUAUUUUAAUAAUUAUUUUAGUAAGUGGAAACCAUACGCUUAAUAAUUUUACUAUUUUAGUACCCAGUAAUCAAACCCAGUGGUAAUAAUGAGUAAUUAGUUGUACGUUGAAAUUGCUCGGCAGUUGUUGAAACGAUCGAAAAUAAACAGUUCAUUUGUUCGCCUAAUAUGUGUUCAGAAUUACGAUUUGUCCUGUAGUGCUGCUUCUGCUGUGAAACUGCUCGAUGUCGACCGUGAAGAUUUGCUUACUGUGGGAUGUUUUAUACACGUGAAGUAAACGCAAUCAGCAUGGACCAACAAACGAGCUCAUUCUCUUACAUUUAUAGUUACUCCUUACAGACCAAUGUUCAAAUCAAAAUAGGCUCGCUCGAAGGAAACCAUUUGAAAGCGAGCAAAGAAGAAAUCCUAAAAAAUUACGAAUUAAAAUUCUCCGGUUUAUUCGAAUCAGAAUGCGCAGACUUGAUGGUGAUAUGUCGAGUGUACAGCGACGGUGUCCCUUUAUGUUUACCAGUAUCGUCAUCGUACAAAGCGUUUUCAACACGAUGGAACUGGAGCGAAUGGAUUACGUUACCUAUAAUGUUCAGCCAUUUACCCCGAAAUGCUCUAUUAGUGAUAACGAUUUACGACUGCGUAGGUGCUUCGGAAAUGCGCCCAGUAGGUAGCACAACCAUAUCGCUUUUCGGCAAACGAGGAGUAUUUCGAAAAGGUAUGAUGGAUUUACAAGUAUGGCCUUUCAAACAAGCCGACGGCACUUCGAACACUUCUACUCCUGGUAAACCACAAAACGACGACGGUCAAAUGUACUGUUUAGGUAAAUUAACCAAGAAAUACCGUAGCGGUUUGAUGCCUACGGUGGAUUGGCUCGAUAGAUUAACAUUUCGUGAGAUAGAAGUGAUCAACGAACGCGAAAAAAAGAAUUCAGAUUUUAUGUAUUUAAUGGUCGAGUUCCCCGAAGUAGUAAUUAACGAUACUUCGUACCACAUCGUGUAUUACGAAGAAGAAGGCGACGAUGUGAUACCGUGUCGAACGCAGGCCGAUAUUGUUACCAUACCGGAUACAGAAAUCUCGCUCGAUAACCUAGUCGAAAACAAACACCACAAGUUAGCUCGUAGUUUACGUAGCGGUAUCUCCGAUAAAGAUGCUAAACCUAACGCCACCGUACGCGAUCAACUCAACACGAUCGUCGGGUAUCCGCCAACCAAACAGCUUACCACCGAAGAACAAGAUCUCAUUUGGAAAUUCCGAUUCUACCUCAAAGGUUCGAAGAAAGCUUCGAUCAAGUUCUUAGAAUGCGUUAAUUGGAAACUACCCGCUGAAGUUAGACAGGCUUUGGAUAUGUUGGCGAUCUGGGAACCGAUGGAUGUCGAAGACGCGUUACGUUUAUUGAGUCCUUCGUUUCAACACCCAUCGAUGCGUAAAUACGCCGUUACCAGGUUGAAACAAGCGUCCGACGAAGACCUACACUUGUACUUGCUGCAAUUAGUUCAAGCCUUGAGGUACGAAAAUUUCGAAGAUAUAAAUAGCAAGUACAAAUAUCUCAGCGAUUUGGUCACAUCGAAAGAUACUUCCGCUAUGGAAACUUUAUCGUCUGCGUCCACGGAUACAACCACAUCCGUCCUUAGCACCGCUAGCUAUAAUAAUAACGCCGAAGUAAUGCAAUACUACAAAACCAUAUUCGAUAACAGCUCCGAUAUGGAUUUAGCUACUUUUCUCAUUUAUCGAGCUUGCCGCAAUUUCAACUUAGCCAAUUACUUCUACUGGUAUUUAAUGGUGGAGUGCGAAAAUUGCGAAUCUUCGACAGUCAAACAAGAUAAUUCGACUAAGAAUAUGUAUCUGACUGUACGAAAUACGUUUUUACUCUUGUUGCAAAACGGUAGCACCGAAAUGCAGAAAAAAUAUUCGUACUUGAAACGUCAGAAGACGUUUAUCAAUAAACUAGUCCAAUUGGUCAAGAACGUAGCUCGAGAGAAAGCCAACCGUAAGAAUAAAAUCGAACAUUUGAGAUCAUUGUUGAAAGACACCGAAACACUCAAGUUUAAUUUCUCCGAUUUCGAACCUUUACCAUUUCCUUUAGAUCCGACUAUCUAUAUCAAAGGUAUAGUUCCGGAUAAAGCAACGUUAUUUAAUUCGGCUCUGAUGCCUUCCAAGUUAACGUUCAUAUCGACCAAUUACACCGAAUACGUAACAAUAUUCAAACACGGUGAUGAUCUGAGACAAGAUCAACUCGUACUGCAAAUCGUUACCUUGAUGGAUAAACUUCUACGAAGUGAAAACCUCGAUUUAAAAUUAACCCCUUAUCGAGUCUUAGCCGUUAGUAUUAAACACGGAUUCGUGCAAUUCGUUAAAUCAGUCCCAGUAGCCGAAGUAUUGAAAACGGAAGGAAGCAUACAGAAUUUCUUCCGAAAGCAUCAUCCGAAUGAAAACGGUCCCUACGGUAUUUCCGCCGAUAUCAUGGACACGUACGUGAAAAGCUGCGCUGGAUAUUGCGUUAUUACCUAUUUGCUGGGUGUAGGCGAUCGUCAUUUUGAUAAUCUGUUGCUAACGACGACUGGAAAAUUGUUCCAUAUCGAUUUCGGAUACAUCCUAGGUCGUGAUCCGAAACCAUUACCGCCUCCGAUGAAACUCAGCAAAGAAAUGGUCGAAGCUAUGGGCGGUGUUACAUCGGAACACUAUCACGAAUUUAGGAAAUUAUGUUAUACCGCUUUUCUUCAUCUCAGAAGGCAUUCUAAUCUAAUUUUGAAUUUGUUUACACUGAUGGUGGAUGCCAGCGUGCCUGAUAUCGCUUUAGAACCCGAUAAAGCUGUAAUGAAAGUGCAAGAUAAAUUCCGAUUAGAUUUAGGGGACGAAGAAGCCGUGCAUUAUUUGCAAAAUUUAAUCGACAUGUCGGUUACCGCCGUAAUGGCCGCGUUAGUCGAACAGCUACAUAAAUUUGCCCAAUAUUGGAGAACGUAAACGCGUGCCGGUGUCAUUUUAACCUUGAUUUAUCACAAUUCUCUAUCGUAAUAUUUCUGUUAUCUUGUUGAUGUUAUACAGUUAAACGCAAAAGUCAAGUACUUGAAAUUAGUUUCAAUUUUUUUAUUAUUUUUAAUUUGUACUCGUUUAUAUUUUUUAGAGAGAACGUAUUUUUUUGAUAUUUUUUUGUAAUAAAGUGUAUCGACGAUUUGA